UCCCCGAGGGGCUCGGCAGCGGCGAUGCCCAGGCGCAGCAUCGCCGAGGUGAAGGUGCUGGACGUGCAGAAGCGGCGCACCCCCAACAAGCACUAUGUGUACAUCAUCAAGGUCACCUGGUCCAAUGGAGCCACCGAGGUCAUUUACAGACGGUACAGCAAGUUCUUCGACCUGCAGAUGCAGAUGCUGGACAAGUUCCCCAUGGAAGGAGGCCAGAAGGACCCCAAGCAGAGGAUCAUCCCCUUUCUGCCAGGGAAGAUUCUCUUCCGCCGGAGCCACAUCCGCGACGUGGCGGUGAAACGGCUGAUCCCCAUCGAUGAGUACUGCAAGGCUCUGAUCCAGCUGCCCCCAUACAUCUCCCAGUGUGAGGAGGUGCUGCAGUUCUUCGAGACACGGCCCGACGACCUGAGCCCCCCCAAAGAGGAGCCCAUUGGGAAGAAGAGGUCUGGAGCUGACUGUGCCUCGGCUGAGCCCCUGGUGCUGGAGCAGUAUGUCGUGGUGGCCGACUACCAGAAGCAGGAGAGCUCGGAGAUCAGCCUGAGCGUGGGCCAGGUGGUGGAUAUCAUUGAGAAGAACGAAUCAGGCUGGUGGUUUGUGAGCACGCUGGAGGAGCAAGGCUGGGUGCCAGCCACCUGCCUGGAGGCCCAGGAUGGAGUCCAGGAUGAGUUCUCAAUGCAGCCUGAUGAAGUGCCAUGGAGGUACUGGUCCCUGCCCAGGCACCUCGGCCGCCGCCGCACCCUCGGGGACUUGUACACCCCUGGAUGGGCUCAAGAGGAGAAGUACACAGUGAUUUACCCCUACACUGCAAGAGACCAGGAUGAGAUGAACCUGGACAAAGGGGCCGUGGUGGUGGUGACCCAGAAGAACCUGGAGGGCUGGUGGAAAAUCAGGUACCAGGGCCAGGAGGGCUGGGCCCCUGCCUCCUACCUCAGGAAGGGCAAUGGAGACGGCUUCCCACCCAAGCUGGGCUCCUCGGCUCACUCCAGUGCCCUGGAGCUGGAUGGCAUCUCCAGGCAGCAGCUGCUGGCCAGCAGGGACAAGGACGGGCUGGGGGGCCAGAGGGACAGCAGGCUGGAGAGCCGGGCCCUGCCCAGCGCCGACAUCCGCCGCAAGUCCCCAAAGAUGAGGCAGAGGCCACCUCCUCGCCGAGACCUCACCAUACCCCGUGGUCUGAACCUGCCCAAGCCUCCUGUUCCCCCUCAAGUGGAAGAGGAAUAUUACACCAUUGCUGACUUCCAGACCACCAUCCCUGAUGGCAUCAGCUUCCAGGCAGGAAUGAAAGUAGAGGUUAUUGAGAAGAACCUGAGUGGCUGGUGGUACAUCCAGAUCGAGGAGAAGGAGGGCUGGGCCCCUGCCACCUUCAUUGACAAGUACAAGAAAACCAGCAACGCCUCCAGGCCCAAUUUCCUGGCUCCCCUUCCCAACGAGAUGGUGCAGCUGCGGCUCGGUGACACCGAUGGCAGCAGCGCCGGCGAGGAGGUGACAGGGCCUUGCCGACCCCUGCCAGAGGCUCCUCCCAACGGCAUGGACUGCACUGGCAGGUGGGGCAAGGACUGGAAGGGGAAGGAGGCUCCUGACAGCGGGGACCUGUCCUUUGCUGGGGGCUACGAGGAGAUCUCAGACCGUGACAUGGAGGAGAAGCCCAGCCUCCCACCCAGGAAGGAGUCCAUCAUCAAAUCAGAAGGAGAGUUACUAGAGAGGCAGAGGCCUCCCCCCAAGCCCCCAGGCAUGAUUUUGCCCAUGAUCCCACCCAAGCAGUCGGCAGCCCCGAAGGACAGCAAGAAGCCGGAGCUCAAAGCGGAGAAGGCCAAACUCUUCCAGCUGAAGAACGAAAUGGGGCUGGAGUGUGGACACAAGGUGUCGGCCAAGGAGGUGAAGAAGCCAAACCUCCGGCCCAUUGCAAAGCCAACCAAGCCAAAAGCUGAGCCCGUAGAGGACAAACCUGAGCCCAUCACCCAGAACCCCUUCUUGAAGUCAAGACCUCAGAUCAGGCCCAAACCCGCCGCGUCCCCCCGGCCUGAGCCACCCCCAGCCGAUGACAGACUGGACAUUUGCAGCCUGCGGAGCAAGCUGAGACCUGCCAAGUGCCCGGAGAAGCCCUCAGAGCAGGACCCUGCUGCUGGGGAAAGCUCCUUCAGCAAUGCCAUGCUCUCCUCAGAGCCUUGCGGGCGCUUUCCGGAGCGGCCGGGCACGGAGAGCAAAGCCCUUCCCAAGCUGGACAUUGGCCCCAAAGAGGCACUGCCCAAACCUCCCCUGGGCCCAGCCAGCCCCCCCUGUGCCAGGGACGCCCCUCAGCGCCCCGUGGUGCCCCCUCGCAGGCCUCCCCCUCCCAAGAAGAUGGGGGCUCCUGCCUUGGUGCCUGCCGAGCCCAGGGCCCCCUCACGGGAAGCCCCCGAGGCCAGGCCCUCAGCAGUGCCAGGCAGGCCCAUGCUGGUCCCUCCCAAAGCCAAGCCCUUCCUCACUGCCUGCAUGCAGGACGAAGCCAAAGCCAGAAUAAACCCAAAGGUCAUCUCCAAACCCGUGGAGAGAGGGGAGGCCAGGGAGAGGCCCUCAGCCGCCAUCUCCGGGCCCGACGUCUCCAGGGAAGCUCUGUACGUGGCGGUGGCGGAUUUUGAAGGUGACGAGGAGACCAACAGCUUCAGAGAAGGGACUUUGUUUGAAGUUCGUGAGAAGAACAGCAGUGGCUGGUGGUUCUGCAGGGUCCUGGCUGGGGGGCCGUGCUGGGAGGGCUGGAUCCCUUCCAACUACCUGCGGAAGAAGCCGUAGCUGCUCCAUGGCUGGAGGCUCCCUGGUCUCUCACCUGAGUAUUUAAUGAGCAGAUUAAUUUAUAGUUUUCUGUAAGGCUGGCUUUAAAAGACAAGAUAAUAAUUGGAGAUCCCACACCUCCCAGCUGGAGGAAGCAGCUCAGCCUCCCCUCCUCACCCCUGUGCUCCCUGUACCCAUCCUCCUCCUCACAUUCCCCAAAGGACUUGGCUCCCGUGGUUCUCUGUGCUGGGGAGAUGGACCUUGAGUGACAUUUUGCGACCUCUGUGGUGAACUGGAGAGAAAUCCAGCAGCAGCCAGGUGGAAUGGUACCAAUGCAGGAAAUCACAGAAGGAUUUGCCUUUCCCUGAAGACCAAGAGUUGCAGGUCAUGUUGCUUAGUCCAGGGGUUUAGCAGAGCCACGAGGAAUGUGGCAAAAAGGAGGAAGUGAUUGCUGAGAACGGGUUCCUGUAGCUCUGUCUCUGGUUAAGGGCUGUGCCAUGCUCUCCGUGCACGGGGAUCAUCCCUUGGUCUUCCCUGCUCUACAAUGACAAGUGUUAACUUCAACAUCCUCCUGAUGGAAAAAAAUAGGGAAAAAUACCCCCUCAUUUACCAGGUCCUGCUGUGCUGCUCCAGGACAGCUCUCAGGCUUCUCCCCUGCAGUACUGCAACCAAACAUCAGAGGGGUUUUGCUUCCGGAGCUGAGGAAUUCUAUGCAAGGCACAGAGGACCAGAACGACCCCAAAGCCCCUGGAAAAGGGAAUGCUUUGCUCUCCUCCCCACACAGACUGCCCUGCCUGUUGGACUAGGAGGGGACCACCCCUUCCAGGACCCACUGAGCUCCCCGGGCUGGCGGGAGCUGGGUCCUUCCCUCGGUGCUGAUUUAUCAAGUGCAAUCCACAAUGUGGGAGCUCAGCUCCUCAUCACCACCAGUUCUGAGGUGUGUCUGGUGCUCAGGGGCUGCCUGCCUUGUUUGUCACCCCUCCAGGUUCUUGCAUUUCACCCUGUGGGCCAGGUUGGCUUGGAGGGGCUGCUGGGCAAGCAGAGCCUGGGCUUCCUCCAUGCUGACAUUCCUGCCUUGCCUUCAGUGCUGCUUAUCCCAGCAGGAGGAUGAGCUGUUGUUCCUCAGUGCUGCUUUCUUCCUUUCUGUCCUUGGCUAUUUGCAGCUUCAGGGCCACAUUUCUCUCCAGAAGAGCUUUAAACCCGGAUGUCUGUGGGUUUCACAGAGUCACAGAAUUGUCGGGGCUGGAAAGGACCUCUGGAGAUCAUCCAGUCCAGCAUCACUGCCAAGGCAGGGUCAGGUUUGGUGUUGACCAAGCCCUGUUGCCCUCUCUGGUCUAAUUGCAAGUGUGAGCAAUGCAGCCACAUUGUUUUGCUGCUGAAAAUAAUGACAGUUUUCCCUCUAAUUUGAGGCUGGCUGAAUUGAAGGAGCAUUCUCCACUCCCCCAGAUGCUCACUUCCUUUUCUGUCCAUAUUUUUCACCCUGGGAAUGUGAAAAUCCCUCUGUCUGCAUACAGAAAAAACAGUGGUCAUUCUGGGAGGGCAGUGGAGCAGGUUGAUCUGAUAGAGAAAUCUGACCAUCCUCAUAUCCAGAAGGCCCAGAAUUCAUUUUUGGUGAUGGGAAUUCACUCACCCGGGUGUGUGGCUGAUUCCUCUCCCUCCCACCUGCGGUUUCCUCCUGUGGCACACCAGCCCCUGAUGGGCUGACUCACCUGAGCUGGCAGAAGCAGCAGAGCACUGCAUUUGCAAGGCAGUGCAAUAACAAAGCUCCUUGCUGGCACACCGGGAGGUGUUGAUGUGCUCCUAGGUGGGUUGGGACAGCUCUGCCUUGGCUCUGCCUGGCUCCACUCAAUCCCUUCUGCUUUGGAAAGGAGUGGGGACAGGAUGAGUUAAAGCAGAGCUGCUCCACAGCCAAAUGCAGCUCCCACAGUAUGUGGGAAGGGCUGGACCUGUAUCCCUGCUCUUGACACGGGAUGGAAGGGCUGUGUGUCCUUUUCCCAGGCACCGUGUCCUUGCUCUGCCUUUGCUGAAUGGCCUUUUCAUCUCAGCUCUGUCUCAGAGACCUCCGUGCCCUGGCUCUCCUCAGAGAGGGCUGUGCUAUUUGUGUGGUCUCAUCUCUGGAGGAGGGCUGUUCCCUCUCCCCUCCCAGCCUGAGCCUCAGAACUGGUCGUGCUCCAUUUUCCUGACACAAGUACUGUAUUGGCUCACUGAGCAUGGGGCAGGAGCUCUCCCUUCUUCCCAAAGAGCUUCCAGGAGGGAGUGCCCGGUGGGAUCCCCCUCAGGAGGUGCCCACACCUGCAGCCUUACCCCUUUUCCACCCUCCUGCCUGCCCAGGGGCUGUGGGGAAGGUGCCAGGAGCCACUGGGCUGGCAGGACUUUGUCCCCCCUCUGGUUUGUGCUCCUGCAGCCACCUGUGCCCCAAGCCAGGCUGCCUCUCCUGCCUGGGCCUCCCUGCCUACCUCGCGAGGAGGAGGAGGGUGGCCAAAAGCGCCCCAAAUUCAGGGGCAGCCCCGCUCCAGGCACAGCCCAGCCUCCCAGAGCAGGGGCUGUGCCAAGGCUUGUGGCCCAGGGGCUGGGAUUUGGGGACAGGCCAGGCUGGGCACAUCCUGGGUGGGCACCAGCCCUGCAGUGCCCAGCUCCUGCCAGGCUCCCAAAGCCCUGGGUGGGCACCAGCCCUGCAGUGCCCAGCCCCUGCCAGUCUCCCAAAGCCCAUUUGUCUGUCCACGUGUCUCUAUAUUAUAUAACGUGUAUAAAUCUCCAUUACUGUGGGUGGGUGGGGGGCAGCAGAAGGUAGAUGUAGCUGUGUCCAUGCCCUGUCUAUACCUUCACCUUUAAGGGAUGGAUUUUUUUUAUUUUUAUUUGCUGGGUUUGGGGUUGAUUUUUUUUUCCCUUUUGUUUUCUUUUUUUUUUUUUUAAGAAACAAAAAUAAACUGCUUGACUGGU